AUGACUACCGUUGAAAAAAUCAAGGCGAUCGAAGAUGAAAUGGCCAGAACGCAAAAGAACAAGGCUACCGAAAAGCAUUUGGGAAUGCUUAAGGCCAAGUUGGCAAAGCUUAGGGCCGACUUGUUGAAAGAUGCUGCUGCUGGUAGUGGUGGUGGCGCCGGUAUUGGGUUUGAUGUUAAGAAAUCGGGUGCUGCAUCUAUCGGAUUUGUUGGUUUCCCAUCAGUUGGUAAAUCCACCUUACUAACAAAACUUACAGGUACCACUUCAGAAGCUGCAGCUUACGAGUUCACAACCUUAACUACUGUCCCAGGUGUCAUUAGAUAUAGAGGUGCAAAAAUCCAAAUGCUCGAUCUGCCAGGUAUCAUUGAGGGUGCCAAAGACGGUAGGGGUAGAGGUAGACAAGUUAUUGCGGUAGCAAGAUCUUGUGAUUUGAUUUUCAUUGUUUUGGAUGUCAAUAAACCACUUCGUCAUAAACAAAUCAUUGAACACGAACUGGAAGGUUUUGGUAUCAGAUUGAAUAAAACACCACCUGAUAUUAUCAUCAAGAAGAAAGAAAAGGGAGGUAUUAGUAUAACAUCCACAGUCGCUUUGACUAAAAUUGAUGAGGAUGAGGUCAAAGCGGUUUUGAAUGAAUAUAGGAUCAACUCUUGUGAAGUUUCAUUCCGUCAAGAUGCCACAGUCGAUGACUUGAUUGAUGUUCUCGAGGCCCACAACAGAAAGUAUAUUCCUGCUGUUUAUGUGUUAAACAAGAUUGAUUCCUUCUCUAUUGAAGAGCUCGAACUUCUAUACCGUAUUCCAAAUGCAGUUCCGAUUUCCAGUGGAAAUGAAUGGAACCUAGAUGAAUUGUUGGAAGUUAUGUGGGAUCGGUUAAAUCUUGUGAGAGUCUAUACAAAACCAAAGGGACGCUUACCUGAUUUCUCUGAUCCAGUUGUUUUAAAAGGUGACAAAUGUUCAGUCGAAGAUUUUUGUAUGAAGAUCCACAAAUCCUUAGUUGAUGAUUUCAAAUCGGCAUUGGUAUAUGGUACCAGUGUCAAGCACCAAAAUCAGUAUGUUGGUUUAUCUCAUAAACUACAAGAUGAAGAUGUUAUUACUAUUUUAAAGAAAUAG